AUGGCGCGGGACGAGAGAGACCGCUCGAGUUCCAGGCGGAGGACAGACGGCGCUGAUGAGCGCGACAGAGACAGAGACAGGGACAGGGACAGAGACAGAGAUAGAGAUAGAGACAGAGACAGGGACAGAGACAGAGACAGUUGUUCGCGGAAGCGGGCGCACCGGAGCAGCAGCAGGGACAGUUUGCGGGGGAAGCGUCGCGACCGGCGGGAGCGGGAGCACAGGACAAACAAAACAAACGAAAUAAACAAAACAAAUAAAAUAAAUGAAAUAAACAAACUAAACAAAAUAGACAAAAUAAAUGAAAUGCGGGAAAUCAACAAAGGCCACCAAGUUCAGGGAGACAGGCGCUACAGACGCCGCAGCCAAGAAAGAGACUCUUUUGCAUUCCGCGAAAAAGACCCCAAGACGGGGCAGCAGCAGCAGCGCAGCAGCAGCAGCAGCAGCAGCAGCGCAGCAGCAGCAGCAGCAGCAGCAGCAGCAGCAGAGCAGGAGGCCCUCGAGGACUUCGCGCUCGAAGGAGACACUUUUCUUUCCGACGAAGAAAGGGACAGGCGCUUCCUCGAGGAACGCAGGAGGAGACGCGCAGCAAUUCUCGCCAAAAUCAGCAGCAGCAGCAGCAGCAGCAGCAGCAGCAGCGGGGACCAGCCGGAGGGUUCAGCAGCAGCAGCAGCAGCUGAUGGCUCGCAGAGCCGCCCCGCCUCCGAAGGAGACACGUCUCAGCAGCUUGCCACCGAC